GACCUUGCUCUGCCGGGGCAUGAAGCCCACCUGGGGUACAGUGAUGCUGCUCGUAGGGUGCCCCUCAAGGCAGCACUCCUGGAAAGAACAGAGGGCCUUGUUCCUGCGGGUUUCAGCCCCACAGAGUGGGCAAGAGGAGCUCCAGGAGCACGUCCUCCUCAUGCCUCGAGGGUGCCAGGAGGUGCUGGGGAGAGGGUGCUGCCAGAUGGUGCCCAGGAGGAUGAGGACCACCCAAGUGAUGAGAGGGGAGUACUGGGGGCUGCGGGGGUGCCCAGCUGGCUGAGCUCCCACAGGAUUCCAAGCUGUCCCUCCCAACAGCUUGGCAGUGGGAUCCUGCCAGCUGUCAAUCCCAGCCUCGCGCCCUCCCACUGCAGCAGCGUUUGGUGAAGCCCCCUCCGUGUUCUGGCGGUGUGGCACUGGGCAGAGCUGGACAUGGGGCACUUGCUCUCCUUCUCCCCCUACCCAUCAUCCUUCCUGCUUGUUCCUUGUCUCCCAUACCAGCCCUGCAGGCAGUCCCGGGGCAUCCACCGUAGUCUGCAGCGCAGAGCUGCAACCCACUCGGGUGAUCAGUCUGAAGCCAAAGGAUGGCUCAUGACCAGUAGCACUGCUGAUUCUCUUCAACCAAAGCCUCCAGCUUUUUCUUCCAGCUUAUCCCAGCUUCCAAAGCUGCUGGCUCAGCUCCACCACUUUUCUCUUGGCUGAAUCCUUGGCAGCUCUCAUGCCUGGAUCGGUGCAAAUUGCCCCUGCCAGGCUGUUCUGCAGGCCAGGAGGAAAGGGGACCCAUCCCUGUCAUCUUGCAGCCCCUGUAGUGCCCCCUAUACCCCACAGUCUCUGCCCGCAUGGGCUCGACCCUGCACCCUGGUCACUCCUAGGGCCAGAAUAGGGCAGGAGGUGCUUUCAGAUGUUUCGGAACGGUGCACAUCUAUCUGCAUGGAAAGUUCCAGGCAGGGGAGGAGGGAUGAGACAGCAGCACUAGGCAACGGUUGCUCGGCAACGGGGACCACGUCUCCUUGGCGAUGUGGCACCUGUCGGCAGGGCUGAUGCCACAGAUGCCAUGGCGACGCGGAGGGAUGCUCAGGCGCUAGCCCCGGAGCCCCUCACAAGCAGCUCUCCCCGUGCUCCCCGGGGCCACCCGGGGCUGGGGACAACCUCUGGGGGAGGUCGAGGCACACCGACGGGGGCCAGGGGCUGUCCCGGCCCACCGUGAACUUGCUGAGCAGGCACCGUCCAUCGCCCCCACUGCCUCCCUCGGCAGAUGCCCGACUACAAGCGUGCCACACUGCAGGACGACGAUGGGUCAGAGCCAGCGGGGGAUGGCAGCACCUCUCCCGACAGCAUGGAGGUGGGGUUUCGGAAGGGGCCAGGGCCGCUGCUGAGCCGCCUGGCUUCUCGCAGCCAGCUGGAGCUGGUGCUCUGCGUUAUCGCCAUCUUCCUGGCCCUGAUGCUCGGUGUCAUUGUCGUCGCCCUGGCCAUCCAGUACCGCAGAGAUCCCUCUCACAGCACGUGCCUGACGGAUGCCUGCGUGCGGGUGGCCAGCAAGAUCCUGGAGGCCCUGGAUGUGGAGACAGAUCCAUGCCAGGACUUCUACCAGUACUCAUGCGGGGGCUGGAUCAAGAGGAACCCGCUGCCCAAUGGGCGCUCCAAAUGGAGCACCUUCAAUAGCAUCUGGGACCAGAACCAGGCCAUCAUGAAGCAUCUUCUAGAGAACACCACCUUCAACUCCAGCAGCGAGGCAGAGCGGAAGACGCAGCGGUACUACCUGUCCUGUCUCAAGGAGCAGAGGAUAGAGGAGCUGGGUUCCCAGCCCCUCAUAGAGCUCAUCGACAAGAUCGGGGGGUGGAACAUCACUGGCUCCUGGAACCAGACCAGCUUCAUGGAGGUACUCAAAAUGGUGUCAGGCACGUACCGGGCAACCCCCUUCUUCACAGUGUAUGUGGGUCCGGACUCCAAGAGUUCCAACAGCAAUGUCAUCCAGGUGGACCAGUCGGGGCUUUUCCUUCCAUCCCGGGAUUAUUACCUGAACAAGACCGCCAAUGAGAGGGUCCUGGCAGCAUACCUGGACUACAUGGUGGAGCUGGGCACACUGCUGGGGGGAAUCCCAGAGCCCACCCGCCUCCAGAUGCAGCAGGUGCUGGACUUUGAAACCCAGCUGGCCAACAUCACUGUGCCCCAGGCUGAGCGACGGGACGAUGAGAAGAUCUACCACAAGAUGAGCAUUGCAGAGCUGCAGGUCCUGGCCCCCACCAUCGACUGGCUGGAUUAUUUGUCCUACGCUCUGGCCCCGCUGGAGCUGGCCGACACGGAGCCUGUGGUGGUGUAUGGGGACACCUACCUGCAGCAGGUCUCCGAUCUCAUCAAUAGCACUGACAGGAGCAUCCUAAACAACUACCUGAUCUGGAACCUGGUGCAGAAGACGGCCUCCAGCCUGGACCAGCGCUUUGAGACAGCCCAGGAGAGGCUGCUGGAGACGCUCUAUGGCACCAGGAAGUCCUGCACACCUCGCUGGCAAACCUGCAUCUCCAACACAGAUGACACGCUGGGCUUUGCACUGGGCUCUCUCUUUGUCAAAGCUACCUUCGACCGGGACAGCAAAGCUAUUGCUGAGGAAAUGAUCAGCGAGAUCCGGGCAGCCUUUGAGGUGUCCCUGGAUCACCUGGACUGGAUGGAUGAGGCGACCAGACAGGCUGCAAAGGAAAAGGCGGAUGCCAUCUACGACAUGAUCGGCUUCCCUGACUUCAUCCUGGACAACAAGGAGCUGGAUGAUGUCUAUGAUGGGUACGAGGUCUCGGAGGACUCCUUCUUCCAGAACAUGCUCAACUUCUACAACUUCUCUGCCAAAGUGAUGGCCGACCAGCUCCGGAAACCCCCCAACCGCGACCAGUGGAGCAUGACCCCACAGACCGUCAAUGCCUACUACCUGCCCACCAAGAAUGGGAUCGUCUUCCCUGCUGGCAUCCUGCAGGCUCCCUUCUAUGCCCGCAACCACCCCAAAGCCCUUAAUUUUGGUGGCAUUGGUGUGGUGAUGGGACACGAGCUGACCCACGCUUUCGAUGACCAAGGACGGGAGUACGACAAGGAGGGCAACCUGCGGCCGUGGUGGCAGAACUCCUCCCUGGAGGCCUUCAAGAACCGGACGGCAUGCAUAACAGAGCAGUACAGCCACUACACUGUUCACCGUGAGAAGGUCAAUGGCCGGCAGACGCUGGGCGAGAACAUCGCUGACAACGGCGGGCUCAAGGCAGCCUACAACGCGUACAAAUCCUGGCUGCAGAAGAACGGGGAGGAGAAGCGCCUGCCAGCCCUGGAGCUCACCAACCAUCAGCUCUUCUUUGUGGGCUUUGCACAGGUGUGGUGUUCCGUCCGAACACCCGAGAGCUCCCACGAAGGGCUGGUGACAGACCCCCACAGCCCGGACAAGUACCGCGUCAUCGGCACCCUCAGCAACUCCAGGGACUUUGUCGAACAUUUCGGCUGUCCCCUGGGCUCCCCCAUGAACCCCGGCAAGCACUGUGAGGUGUGGUAGGGACGGGGAGGGUGCUGGGGACAGAGGGGACGAUGCUCUGCUGUGUGCCCCCCCCGCCCUCGCCGGCUGCCGGCGGUGGCCCACAGGCAGAGCGCGGGGCCACUCCCCGAAUCACCCUCCAUCGUGGUCCCCACCGUGCACACACCGCGCGCCUCUUCGCCCCAUCUCUGCCCCUCUCCCCAGCACAUACCGGGCACCCACCGCAGCCCCAUCCACAGCCUGGAGCCGGACAUGGCCGGCAGAGAAGCCGUAGCGCCCCCAAAACGCAGCUCUGCCCCCAACCCUGAUGUGCUACAGACGGGCACAGCGCAGCCCCCCCAGGGCCACGUUCACCCCGUGUGGGCAGGCAGAGGGGUCCCAGGGAAAGCAUUAGAGCUGAGUCCCCCCGACCUGCCGGAGAUGGAGGCUGGGGGCCACCUGACUCCGCUCUUCCUCCAUCCCCUCCCGAUCCGGCUUGGCUUCCCCAUCCACCUCUGCUGGGAUCAGCGGGCGACAGCGGGGACUCUGGUGCCUUCCGCUGUGGGUGGCUGUCGCUGAGUUUGUUUGACGAUUAAAAGCAGUUUCCACUUA